UUCUAUCGUAUGACUUGAAGGGUUUCUGUAGACAGCAAUCAAUAACACCCGGCCUAAUGUACACAAUGGUACUGCAAUAUACAAGAAUUCACUAGCAGAGGGAGGAAGCACAUCAGCAUGGGGGAUAGAACAAGCCAAGCAACUCAACUGGAAUUUAACCAGGCAAUGACAGACUUCAAAAUAAUGUUUCCUAACAUGGACAUAGAUGUCAUUGAAGCAGUUUUAAGAUCUAAUGGUGGAGCUGUUGAUACAACAAUUGAUCAGCUUCUGGCUAUGACAGCAGACAUAGAAACUACUCAGGAUACCACAAAGGAACAUGAAACACCUCCCCCCUCAUACCAAAACAAUUUACCAUCAUACAAUCAAGCAGUCAAAAAUGAUCCAAACUUCCAAGAGGAUCUCAGCGACUUGAUGGGAGCUUCAAGUAUAGGUCAACCAGACCUAUUGUCAGGCCUUUACAACCUAGGUGCCAGUGGAUCAGAUGUGCCAUUAUGUAUACAGAGAGGAUGGAAACCGCCCAUGCUUGGUAAAUUACCGUCCAACUUUUUACGGAUCAAAGGAUCUUCCCGCCAUGGACAUUCUUACAUGCAUCCUGAGGCACCAUCUCAUUCCUCUUCUUUAAGCCAGGAGAUGAUCAGAGAGAGAAUGAGUGAAAACCAGAAGAAACUUAGUUUAUCCUCAAAUGAUGGUUUUGGGACUAAUCAACUGUUGGAAGAUGAAAAAUUUGCACUAAUGCUCCAGAAUGAGGAGUUUAUGAUGGAACUUCGGGGUAACCAUGAGUUCCUUUCAACACUAGAAGAGGAUGAACUAGAUAAACCCCAGGAACUAGGUGCCAAAAAAGGAAGUCUAGGGAUGGAUGACGCUGCAUUUAGAGAGAAACUAAGAAAUAUGGGGAAACAGUCAAAACAGAAAUUUACCAAGCUUGCCAAUAUGUUCACAAGACAACGUGGAGCUACACGUCUACUAGGUCAUGCUCCGGCUCCUAGCAAAGAUAACCUUCUUCUCAAUGCAGAACCUCUAGUCGACCCUCAUGACAGUGACAGCGGGAGUGAAGAUGAACGUCACAGCACCACAAAGGGAAGGAAAUACCAGUUGAUGUGAUAAUUGGCAAUUCAAUAAAUUUGUCAUCAGAAAAUUUAAUUAACCAAGAGAAUGGAAUCUAAUUUGAAAUUCUUAUCUGAAAUCUCAUUUGGAAAUCUCAUCUGAAAUAUCAACUGAUAACCAAUUCAACAUUGUCAAAACCAAAUCAUUUAUGAAUGAGCUUGGCACCCAAAUCCAGCUCAUUUCUCUAGAACAGCUAAACCCUGUUCAACUUAAUGUGAUAACUUAUAUAAUCUCAUUAAAUGUUUUAUCUACUGUCUAUCUAAUAUCUAUUUAUCUACCUAUCAACUGCAUAUUUACAUUAUGUGAAAAUUUAACAAUACAUUUGGCAACAUAAAUAAAAAAUAGAAAAAA